UUUUUUUUCUUUUCUUUUUUUUCUCGUUUGUAGUCGUUCUUUUUUUAUUUUUAAUGUUGUUUAGUUCCUUCACUGAAAUUUUACUCUUAACGUAUAUAAAAUGAGAGGGUUUCGAGAUGAGGGAGAGGGGCAAAAAUCGCCAUCGAAUUGACAGAUCAUCGAUCAUCGAUCAUCAAGCUUGCAACUUCCCUCUGCAACAGGACCUUGGCAUUUACUUGAUUUCCCCUACACUUCCCGGUAUUCCAUGAUAAUCUUGGUGUCAUACAAAUUGCUUCUAAUCUUCCUUCGCAUGAACAAGUGAACGGUAAGAACCCGGAGCCAUGAGUCUUGCCUGUCUGGUUUGCCACAGUGUAGACAGUCCAUCACAGUCAUUUAGAAGCUACUCUGUUUCAAGCUCAGAGAAUGGGGGUCGAUGCUCUGCCCUAGUCAGCUGUUGGAACAAGAAGGUUUAUGUUCCCCAUGACAUGGCUAACACCAUGAUGACAUCAAAGGUUGCUCCGCAACCACCGAUUAGUGAAACCCAAGGCCUCACAGGAGCCCCACGUCUUGUUCGAAGCCAUGCAGUGAGAAGGGAUUUGUUUAGAGACUGGAACUUUGAUAAUAUUUUGGAGGAGGGUCAAAGGCUUUGGCAAGAAUAGAGAGAGAGAAAUAGAGAGGACACUCAGAUUCCCAGUUAGGUUUAGAUACUGUAUUUGAGUUUUAUGUUUUAUGUGGUGUAUGUACGUACCGUCGGUUAGCCUUUAUCUGAGGCUUUCCGAGGUUUGCGCCUUUUUGCUGAGUGUUUUCUUUUGCUGUCAUUCUUCUUUGCUUGGUAGUUUCGUAAAGUGAAUCUGGAUGGGUUUGGAGUUUUUGCUUUUUAGUUGCUAUGAAAUGUACAGUUAGUUCUUGCAGGAAGCUUUAUUGCAACAUAUUUGCGUAUGCAAUUGAUUCAUCAGAUAA